AUGCUGCGGACGACAUCACGUUGCGCCCAGGGAAGUGUGGGCCGGAAUGCAUUUCUUGAGACACUUGCCCCAAAUCUUUCCCCUUUUCGAUUUUUCGCGUGUUGCCUCCACACUUCUAAGGCUUCGCAAGGUAAAGCAGCUGACUUUGCUGCUACCGAAUCCGCCCUUUUGACUGUCACCCUGACGAAUUAUCAAAGUCUAUUUGUGGGCUUCUUUCGAACUCAGGCAGCUGUGAGUAGUGUCGCAGUAGUAGCAGUCGCAUCAGCGGCAGCAGGAACACCAUCGACAACAGCACCACACACCGGUACGGUACCGUCAUCAAGCAGCAGAAGAAGCACGACGAAAACAAUCCGCACCAGGGUUGUAAAUCUUCGGGGCCGUAACGUAACUUUCACCACCCCAGCUAGGCAGUGUUUGAAAAGAAGAAAAGAAAAAAGUCUUCACCCUAGAAUCCGUCCAAUUCCAGGUCCUCCAAUCCGGCACAGGAACUUUCAUCGUCAUCAUACUUUUCUACAAUUUAGGCGUUACUACUACUCUCUACAAAGUACCUUUAUCCCCAGCGGUCUUUCACUGGAACGGGGAAACAUUGUGUGCGAAACGCUCGGGCAUCUCAGUAUCAUCAUACAGUUCCUUGCUGAAGAUCAGCCUCUUCAACUGCAGGUUGCCCCCCCAUCCCAUUACGAAACAGACACGUGCUUUGCUCUGAGUCUCAAUUUUUUGGAACGAGGAAAGGAAAAAAUUAAAAAUAACAAACCCACCCCAAACGAAGGCAACAGCCGGGUUCACGUUCUUCGUACCUCAAGCUUAAGACUCAUCAGUUCACAACCUAUUCUCCGCAUUUACCCCAUCCAGUCAUUCUUCUCUGAGCCCACCGUGGUGUCUUUGAGAUAA